AUCUUAAGGGUUUUUCUUCUGAUACUCGACGGCUGCUACGCUUGCACACAAGUCCGGGAUAAACCACAACAGGAUUUGGCGACAGUAUAAAAGAGGGGAACGGUCCCAGUACACGAUCACACUGUGGAGAAAUUGCUUGUCGUACAGACCUGUAAAGAACGACUACCAAAGAAUCAACAUGCCUCUGUGCGAGCUGAACACCAACGUCCCUAGGGCUAAAGUGGACGAGUCCUUCGUCAAGGAACUUUCGCAGCUUGUGGCCAGCAUUGUCGACGUCCCAGAGAAGGGAGUGACCCUGCAGGUGAACCCUGAUCAGCUCAUGAUGAGAGCUGGGACACUAGACCCAGUGGUUACUGUGGCAAUCACCGGAUUCAGCACUAAAUACUUCACGGAUGCUAUGAGGGAGAAAUGGGUGACGUCACUCACAACUUUCCUGUCAGAGAAGCUAGGCAUCACUGACCACGGCAGAAUCAUUGUGGCCUUCCAUUUCAUUGAGGCAACGCACGUCGGAUUCUUCGGCAAACUCGCCAGCAGCCAACUGAAAUAAUGUGUUUUUGUGUGUAAUACUUUGGUUUACUGCGCUUCCAAAAAUGCUAAAAUUAUAUUUUAGAAAAAAACACCUGCACCACUCCAACUCCCAAACAAACAAAUGACGAUUGUGUAAAUGAAACAGCUUGCAUCAAAUGUAGGUUUUCCUCUUCCAUAAUUAUUCUUAAAAACGUGGAGCAGACGCUUGAAUUUUUUUUAUUGUUAUUAUUCAUGGUUUAUUAAAAACAUUUCCAUUGCAGCAAAAGGCUGAAUUAGGGAAAACAAUAGAUUUGUUCAAUUUACAUAAAAAGUAGAAUACCAAAAAUUGGCACACAGCGUUAGACACAAAGAAAAUUAAGAAGAGCGAGCCAACAAUACAAUUGUGAAAAUAUGUAGUUAUACGUUCAGUUAAAAAAAGGUUAUUUGUAAAAAGAGAUAUCAAAAGAUGUAGAAAAAAAAAAUAAAUACUGAAAGAGUAGGACUAAACACUUUAGUGCAAUGAAUUUAAUUGCUUUGCAGUGCCGCAAAAUGUUCAUAGACAAAAUAAAUAGAUAUCUAUUGAGUUGUAUUCAAAAGAUUGAUCAGAUGUGGCACAGGACUGUUCUUAAAUCUGGAGGUAUUGCAUUUGAGUUCAGUUAAUUUUGUUGAGUUCCUCAGAUUGUAGCCAGCUGUUGACCUCGUUUGCGGAACUAGACUCUCGAGUUUUAUGAAACAAAAUAUAAUUAGAGAAGUCUUCAAAGAGUGAGUGAUAUACAAAAAAAUCAAAACAAGUGCUAACUGUGGCCUACAUCGAUGUUUAUACAGACAUGCAGGUUGACGUAUAAAGUUAUUUUACAAUUUUGAAAUUGCAGGGUUUCUUGUUAGUUAAUUGUUUUUACAGUGAAAUCGAGUUAUUAAUAAAUUCUGCUGUACAACUAUCUAAAAGAAAUACAUGUAAUUUAUAUAUUUUUGCCCAACAAUGUCCCCAAACAGAAACCCUUGUUUUAUUAUUAUUAUUAUUAUUAUUAUUAUUAUUAUUAUUUAUUUAUUUAGCCAUUCUGACAACAUUAUAAAGAAAGGCAAGGAACAGCAAAAGUACAAGUACUGUGGUCCGAGGACCUGCUGCACCGUUAAAACAAGCUAAAAUAGAUUUUAAAAAAAUAAAUAAAAAGCCAAAAAAAGCAUAUUAAUACAUAAAAAGCAAGUACAUUAUAUAUACAUAUAUAAACAAGCACUAAAACGUUUUAAAAGAUGAAACGAUGAUAUAGGCAGAUCAAUGCUGAGUAUUGGAAUAUCUCAACACAUUGUGCAUAGCUUUGGUGAUUUUUUUUUCUCACUUUGUUAAUACUUGAAAAAAUAUGGCAUCACAUCUCCACACUAAAAACAAGCAAACUGAAUAUUGGCUAGGCCCCUGAUUCUGUGGCUUAUACAAAUAUUGAAAAGCAAAGAGGUCAAUGAUAAAGUUGCUUGAAUGGAAAGCCACAUCGUAUCUUUUUAUUUGUUGUAUUAGUCAUCAAGAAUAAAAUGUAACUGUCUAUCAGAUAAAAUGAAAUAUUAUGUCACGUCAAAACAUUAUUUGUGUAUACAUUGUAGUUAAUAAUUUUGGAUAUGUUAAGCCCCAUCCAUAGCUGGGACUGUCCAAAUUAUAGUUGGGACUGUCCCAGUUAUAGUUGGGCCAUUGUUAUAGUUGGAGCAUAACAAAUAUAAUAGGAGUUUUGUAAACUGUAGUCGUUGAACAUUUUCAUAUCUUUAAUAAAAA